GGAUAAACUGAUACCGUUGACCGAUGGACGACGAGAGAGGUGUGCAGCAAGCAAGGCAGGCGCGGGAGACGGCUCCCGGACUUCGGCACGCCCCACCAAAGCAUUUGAUCGAGGGGUUCCUAAGCCUCUCACACCCCUCGCCUUGCUAUUGGGUCCUCCCCCUACACACACACCGCUGCUCAAAGAUUCGCGACCAUGAGUGCUUCUAGGAGCUUGCGCAUUGGCGUCGACGUUGGGGGUACCAACACCGACGGCGUUAUAAUAGACCCCACAAGGUCAAGAGAGUCCGACAAAGGCAUUGUAGCAUGGCACAAGGCUCCUACAACCGCGGACCCUAGUCAUGGCAUUGCUGAUGCGAUCACUACUAUGUUCAAGUCUGCUUCCGUGGAUCCUAGCUCCGUAGCCAGCGUCACGAUUGGUACCACGCAUUUCGUGAAUGCAGUCAUCACACGCGACACUACUCGACUGUCGCCAGUUGCUGUAAUCCGUCUCUCUGGACCCUUCAGUAAGCAUGCGCCGCCCGGCGUUGACUGGCCCGCUGCCCUGAGGAAGAUAAUACUCGCACACUAUGCCUUGGUCAAAGGCGGCCUUGAGAUAGAUGGCAGUCUCAUUUCUGAUAUCAAAGAGCAGGAGAUUGUGAACCAGUGUAAAAUCAUCAAAGAAAAAGGCAUCAAGAGCAUUGUGAUCAAUGGAGUUUUCAGUCCCAUCGACACCAUCGAGAGACAGGAGGAACGAGCAGCAGAGAUCGUCAAGCGAGAACUUGGAGAAAACGUGGACGUUGUGCUUAGCAAAACCGUCGCAAAUCUGGGUUUCCUGGAGCGUGAGAACGCUGCAAUCCUCAAUGCAUCAAUCCUAUCCUUUGCGCGCAAGACCAUCACAUCUUUUCAGUCUCCGAUCAAGAAGCUCGGUUUGAAUUGUCCAGUAUUCAUAACGCAGAACGACGGUACCAUCCUCAGCGGCGAAGCAGCAAGCCGCCUCCCUAUCCGGACGUUCUCGUCAGGUCCCACGAACAGCAUGCGCGGAGCUGCGUUCCUGGUAGGAAAGCAAGAAGAUGGUCAAGCAAUGAUGGUGGUCGAUGUAGGCGGUACAACCACAGAUGUUGGUCUGUUACUUGCCAAUGGUUUCCCACGCCAACAAGCGGCAUACUCGGAGCUCUCUGGUGUCAGGAUGAACUUCUCGUACCCUGAUGUGAAGAGCAUAGGUCUCGGAGGCGGUAGCCUAGUCAGGAGGGUUGGCGACAAGCUCCAGGUCGGGCCUGAGUCUGUCGGCUAUCGAUUGCAAGAGAAGGCGCUCAUCUUCGGCGGAGAUGUGCCCACCGCUACUGACUACACCGUUGCGGGCUUACUCGAAGUCAACGUCGGCGACCCUGAGAAGGUACGAGGAAUAUUGGACGAUAAGGAUAUUGCGGAGUUCAAGAACGAGACAAAGGCUAUGCUGGAGCGCAUUGUGGACACUAUGAAGACUUCGCCUGAAGAUCUUCCUGUACUACUUGUUGGAGGUGGCGCCGUUAUAGCACCUGAUACUCUGAAAGGCGCAAGUCGGGUUAUCAAGCCGCAAUGGUCGGGUGUUGCAAAUGCAAUUGGCGCUGCUAUGGCUCGAGUGAGCGCUGUUGUGGACACUGUCAAGUCGACGGAGAAGCAGUCCGAAAAGGAGCUGCUCGUCGAAAUCUCUGAAGAGACCAAGAAGCGCACUGUUGACGCCGGUGCUUUGGCUGAUUCAGUCGCAAUUGUCGAGAUUGAGGCGCUGCCCCUGCAAUACGUCGCAAAUAAAACACGUUUCAUCGUCCGCGCUGCCGGCGACUUCGACUUCUCCCGAGCACGGGACUUCGCAGACCUCGAUGUCACGAAAAUUGGAGAGGUUGUAGCAAUAGAGCUGGACAAUGCACAGGAUAGAAUAACGCCAGCGUCCAUCGAAGACACCGCUGCCGAAGAUGACGCAGCCCCACAGAUCGACAUUGUAGGCUACAGGCCGAAGGUUGUCAACCGCGAGUGGUGGAUCUCGGAAACCGACCUUGACUGGAUCACCAUAGGGUGCUAUAUCUUGGGUACUGGAGGCGGCGGCUCGCCGUAUUCAACAAUGUUGAGGGUGCGCGAAAUCCUGCGGGCAGGUGGUACUGUGCGAGUCGUCAGUCCAGACGACCUCAAAGAUGAAGACCUGAUCGGCAGCGGUGGAGCUGCUGGGAGCCCAACUGUGGGCAUCGAAAAGCUACCCGCUGAUGAGAUAAUGGAUGCUCAAAACAGUCUCUACGAGCUCUUCAAGGGCGGUCGCGCAACGCAUGUGAUCCCGAUAGAGAUCGGAGGCUCCAAUGGUCUUCAAGGUCUUGUCAUAGGUGCAUCGUCGAACAUGAACGUGCCAUGUGUCGAUGGCGACUGGAUGGGCCGUGCCUACCCAACAAAGUGGCAGACCACACCUGUCGUGUUCGGAGAGCGCGAGAUUGUGUUCGCCCCGGUAGCUGUUGCUGACGGCAACGGCAACACGCUUUACAUGCCUACGGCAGCAAGUGACUUCAAGGUCGAACAAGUGAUCAGAUCAGCUCUAAGUCAGAUGGGCAGUGCUGUUGGUACAGCUGACGCCCCAGUCACAGGCGAAGAGACGAGACGUUGGGCAGUCGAGCACACGAUUUCGCUAUCAUGGCGCAUUGGUCGGGAGGUCGCACGGGCUAGAAAAGAGAACAGAAUCGAUAAUGUCGCCGAGUCCAUUAUUGACGCUGUCGGAGGACCGGAAACCGGGCGUGUGCUUUUCAAAGGCAAGAUCGUUGGCGUGGAACGGAAACUCUGGAACGGCCACGUCUAUGGCGAAGUAAUUAUCGAGGGCACCGACGCGCAGUGUUCUGACAAGGUCAAGAUCCCUUUCAAGAACGAGAACAUAGCCGCCAUCCGUAUGCACGAUGGAGAGGAGUGCAAGACUGGUGAGGAGUGCAACGAGGACGUGCUUGCAAUCGUACCGGAUCUGAUUGCAGUCAUCGAUGCACACAAUGGCGAGGCCAUCGGUACGCCUGAGUACAGAUAUGGCUUGCUAGUGCUGGUCAUUGGUAUUACUGCCAGUGAGCGCUGGACCAGUCCGAAGGGUAUUGAAAUCGGUGGCCCCAAUUCCUUCGGUCUGAACCACCUCACGUACAAGCCCUUGGGCAAAUUCGUGAAGCCGGUCAGCGUGAUCGACGAGUAUGACGGGAGACUAUGAACUGUAAGUCGCAGCCAGAGGGCCACACUAAUCGCGGCACGUAGAUCUUUCAAAGGUAGUUGAUAUAAUUAGGUUAUGCUGCCUCAGUAUCUUAUGUGUGCGUCACACCUGUGUAAAGUGGAUGGACGAUUUUGACCGCUGCCUCGUAACUCGUGAAGAGGAUACCGCCGCUGAAGACCGUUCGCCCUAGUCGCAUAGUCGUCCCUUUCCAGAAUCCUUUGACGCCGUAGUCAAGCAGAACACUCUUGACAGCUUCAAGAGUACUUGUUCCCCGC